GGGCGAGCGGCUGGGGCUGGGCUACUCCGCCGGCCGGGGGCGCAGCAGCGGAGCUGGCCGGCCGUGGGGACGCGCAGCCGGGGAGCCGCUCCUAGCGAGGCUCCCGGCAGCCAGCGAGAGCAGCGUUUAACUCCGGCCCUUGCCCUGCGUCCUAGGGCCGCGUGGCUGAGAGCAGAGGAGACCCCCGGCUGGACGGGGACAUGAAGAAGAGCCGGAGCGUCCUGGCUGUGACGGCGGACGAGAAGCCCAAGGACCUGCUGGAGCCCGGGCUCUGCAGCCGCUCCUACACCGCUGGCAGCAUGCUGGGCGCGGACCUGCGGCGUGGCCGGCGCCGCCUCUCCUCCAGCCUGCAGGUGCCACCGUGGAAACCCCUGGACCGGGCGCGAUCACCGGAGCCCGACAGCGUCCAGAGGCCAACCACCCUGCCCCUGCGCAUCCCGCCCCGCAUCGCCAUCACCCACGCCGAGCCGGACAGCUUCGAGGUGGAGAAUGGCCCCUCCCCGGCCAGGAGCCCCCUGGACCCCCAGGCCAGCCCCGGCCUCGUCCUGCACCCCAGCUUUCCGGCCGGCCAGCGGCGCGAGUCCUUCCUGUACCGCUCGGACAGCGACUACGACCUGUCGCCCAAAACCAUGUCCCGUAACUCCUCCGUCGCCAGCGAGUCCCACACGGAGGACCUGAUCGUGACGCCCUUUGCCCAGGUGCUGGCCAGUCUGCGGAGCGUGAGGAACAACUUCUCCAUCCUGGCCAACGUCCCGACCCCAACGUCCAACAAGAGGUCCCCUGUGGGCAGCCAGUCGACCUUCUGCAAGGCGAUGCUGUCAGAGGAGACCUACCAGCAGCUGGCCAAGGAGACCCUGGAAGAGCUGGACUGGUGCUUGGACCAGUUGGAGACGAUCCAGACCUACCGCUCCGUCAGCGAGAUGGCGUCCAACAAGUUCAAGAGGAUGCUGACCCGUGAGCUCACCCACCUGUCGGAGAUGAGCCGCUCCGGAAACCAGGUCUCCGAGUACAUUUCCAGCACGUUCCUUGACAAGCAGAACGAGGUGGAGAUCCCGCCCCCCACGCAGAAGGAGCGGGACAAGAAGAAGAAGCAGCAGCCCAUGUGCCAGAUCAGCGGCGUGAAGAAACUCAUGCCCAGCUCGGGCCUGACCAACUCCAGCAUCCCCCGCUUCGGGGUCAAAACCGACCAGGAGGAGCUGCUCAGCACGGAGCUGGAGAAUCUCAACAAGUGGGGCCUGAACAUUUUCCACGUCUCCGAAUAUUCCAGCAGCCGCUCGCUCAGCUGCAUCAUGUACACGAUAUUCCAGGAGAGAGAACUGCUGAAAACCUUCAAGAUCCCAGUGGAGACGCUGUUGACGUACGUGCUGACGCUGGAGGAGCACUACCACGCCGACGUGGCCUACCACAACAGCCUGCACGCCGCCGACGUGAUCCAGUCCACGCACGUCCUGCUGGCCACGCCCGCCCUGGACGCUGUCUUCACCGACCUGGAGAUCCUGGCUGCUCUGUUUGCAGCCGCCAUCCAUGACGUGGAUCACCCGGGCGUCUCCAACCAGUUCCUGAUCAACACCAACUCGGAGCUGGCCCUGAUGUACAACGACGAGUCAGUCCUGGAGAACCACCACCUGGCCGUGGGCUUCAAGCUGCUGCAGGAGGAGAAUUGCGACAUCUUCCAGAGCCUCAGCAAGCGCCAGCGCCAGAUGCUGCGCAAGAUGGUUAUAGACAUGGUCCUGGCCACCGACAUGUCCAAGCACAUGAGCCUCUUGGCCGACCUCAAGACCAUGGUGGAGACCAAGAAAGUGACGAGCUCCGGGGUGCUGCUGCUAGACAACUACACGGACCGGAUCCAGGUCCUGCGGAACAUGGUUCACUGCGCCGACCUCAGCAACCCCACCAAGCCGCUGGAGCUGUACCGCCAGUGGACCGACCGCAUCAUGGAGGAGUUCUUCCGGCAGGGCGACAAGGAGCGGGAGCGGGGCAUGGAGAUCAGCCCCAUGUGCGACAAGCACACGGCCUCCGUGGAGAAAUCACAGGUGGGCUUCAUCGACUACAUCGUUCACCCGCUGUGGGAGACGUGGGCGGACCUGGUGCACCCCGACGCCCAGGAGAUCCUGGACACGCUGGAGGACAACCGGGACUGGUACCACAGCAUGAUCCCACAGAGCCCCUCCCCGCCCCCGGACGAGCAGGACAAGGCUGAGGAGGCCUGCCUGGAGAAAUUCCAGUUCGAACUGACACUGGAGGAGGAGGGCGAGGAGUCGGAUCAGUCAGGCCGCGAGGAGGAGGAGCCGCCCUGCCUGUCCCCAGAGGAGGGGGGCGGGCAGAACGGACUGGCACACCACACAGCCCCUGGGGCACCGUGACUCUGGGCUUCGUCUCAGUCGCCCGGCGGGAAACAAAACUAAAGCCACACACACGCACCCCCCGCCAUGGACUCUUUUUUGGGGGGGAGACCCCAACAAACAACAAACAUUUAAUUUAAUUUUGGUUUUAGUUGGGGGGAUUUUUAUUGUAUUUUUUACAAAAAAAAAAAAAAAAGAAAAAGGAAAAAAAAAGAAAAACUUUGAAAAAACCAAACCACAACAAAGGGAACAAACACAGCAACUGUAGAGGGGGUCGGGCCUGGGCCCGGCCCCCCCACAGCGGAGCUCCAAGCCCUCCGGACUCUUCCACCUCACGUCUGCGGCUUUGCUGGUUUUUUUACUGAUCCAUUCGGAUUCUCUUUGAUUUGGAGCAGCCGGGGGCCGGGCGCUUUUCGCUUUCCAUUCGGGUUUUCCCUUCCCCACGCCCUUUAGAGAUCUAUUUUUUUAAACAAUCAGGAAUGAACGCAGAGCAGGAUCGGAGCACACUGUCCUAGCUGGGACCCUCAGCCAGCCUAGAUCUGGCCUGGGGUCUUCGUGCUCCGGGCCGCACAACGGUGGUUAUUAUGAUUUUAAUUUAUUAUUGCGGGGGGAGGGGAUGGUUGUGGGGUCUGGGUUAUUUUUAACGCACCUGGUAAUUUAUUGUAAAUUAAUUAUUAUUUUUGGAAAGUUGGGGAGGGAGGGGAGAAGUUUUAUUUUUCUGUAAUCAGAUUUUUUUCUCCCAUUGCUCGGGGGUUCAUUUCGUCCCCCUCUUUCCCCUCCCCCACUGAGGCCAUAGCCCCCCCUUUCCUGGGAGGAUGAGAAGGGGCUUAACUUUUGAAAAGGGGGAACUAGAUGGCGAAGCUCCAACCCCCCCCCUCGAAGCAGCCGCUCUCCGAGCGACUAGCCAGCCAAGUCUUCCUCUCUUCAUCCGUUUGCACAAAUACGGCGCUCUGGCCGCAUGGAUUGAUUGUAUCAGCCAGCUGCUCCUCCACCCCCCCACCCCCCACCCCGAGCAGCUGGGAACCAGCUUCGCUUCACUUUGAGUUGACUUGCCAACACCCCCAGCUGGCAGCAGACGGGCCGCGGGCACCGCCGCUGCAGGAGGCGCCCAGGGGAUAGUCCAAGGUGCCGAAGCUGGAUUCAGGGGGCACUGGGCUCCGGACCGUCCUCUGGGGCUCCCGCCUGGUGCCCUCUGCGGCAUUAGGCCCCCAACACCAGCGCAGCCGGGCACCACCGUGAGGGCAGGGCGUUCCAGGGGGCCGACCCUUGGGACUCUGGCCCUGCGAGAGGAUGCAGCCCCCGAGGGCUUUAACUGACCCCCCUCGGGCUCCUGAAGCCCCCGGCCCUCUCCCUGCGCUGGCGGCUGUGGGGGCAGGCGGGGUGGGGGGGGAGUAGAACAAGUGCCCCCCUCUGGCUGUGGCCUCGCAGACCCUGGCGGGCACUGCUGCAGUGCAGCUCCAGCAGGAGCUGGGUGGGCUCGUGCAGACGCCGGACGCCAUCCCCGGCAAACGGGAGCUGGGCCCUGUGGCUGCUGCCUUCUCUGGGCGGGGGGGGGAGCUAGGCUGGGCUGCUCUCCCCCCUCCCCCCGAAUGCCCAGCACCCGGAGGGGGCAGGUGAAGCUGGGGCUUUAGAACCAUUUCCUCAAGUGCUAAAGGGGGGGGGGAAGCAGCUCCACUAGCCGCGUCUGCACGUGCCCGGUUCUGUCUGCAGGACAUGCAGGGCUCGCUCUGGGGGGAUGAUCUUGGGGGUUACAUCCAGGGUGAAAAGUCAGGGUGAUCCCCCCCCCCUGCAGGAAACCAGAGUUUCUUCCCAUUGCAUUGGGAGGGGGCAGUUGUAUGGCAAAUGAGUCUUUGGGGGGGGGGGUGAGAGGGCAGGGAUGUGGGAUCAGGCUGGGGCUGGCGUGUGCCAUCCUGCCGCCCCCUGUACCCCGCAGGAGUGAAGCAAUAAUGAGUGAGGUUGCCCCCCCCCCCAAAAUGCUUCAGCGAGCUUUCGAACCAAAGCCCUUGGACGCACCGUCCCCUGGGGCCAGCACCUCCGGGGUCCUCGGCCGGGGGCUGCCCUGGGGCAGGGGGAUGAGGAACAUGGGCAGGGCCCACCCGAGCGAUGUGCCACCGGGAAUGGGCCUUGGGCAGGUGCAAGCCAUGCGGGUGCCCCCAGCCAGUGCCCGGUGGGGCCCCGUGGCCAGCUGGGGGGAGCGGUGCCAUGUCUGAACACUGUACUGUAGCAAUUGAUUUCUAUUUUCCUGCAGCCGGGGCGGGGGUGCGGGUGGUGCCCGCCCCUGUAGAGCCUUUAUUUUUGUACGCGGUUCGGGUCUGUGCGUCGGUCGGGUCGGUUUUGUUCUGUACAUACUGUGAAUAGCAGCUGUAAAUGACUCCCUCCGCCUCAAACAAGACAGCGUGGGCCGGGGGGGGCUGAGCCCCCUCCCCAGGAUCUGAGCUCCCUCUCCCCCCCCCCCCCCCCGCGUAUGUAUCUGGUGUAACUGCUCCUCUUUCGCCAUGUCCUUGCCCUGUUUCUCUCUUGGCCUUUCCCAGUCGUCAGCUGCGGAGCUCACAAUAAAACCAGGAGGAAGGGA